GGAGGAGCGGGAGAUUGAAAAACGUAAACAAACCUUUUAGCGGCUCCGAACUUUAAUUUUACUCUAAAAUAUCGAACAAAAUGCUGAACAAAGCUCCCAAACUGAAGAGUACCGUCAAGAGCAAGGCGAAGGGCAGCAUCAACGUCCGGCCGGCGUCGGAGGCGAUGAUUGAGCUGUUGACUCUCCUGUUCCUGAACAGUCUGACUGAGGAGGCCAAGGCCAAAGCGUUUGAGGAGAAAUCCGCCACCAUCAGAGCUCAGCACGUCCGAGCGGUCACCAAGAAAGUGCUGAAAAAGUCGAGAGGAUGACGAUGGCGAGGCUCAUCGCUUCUGUUUUAUGGACUUUAUGACAGACGAGGAAUAUUUUUGUGGUAUGUUUUUGCCUAAAAUCAACUCUUUCUUUUGUUUUUUUUCUUUUUUUUUUUCUUGCAUUCCCUCUGCAAGCAGACGCUCUGAGUUCCUGUCAUCAGAGUUUGUUUUUUCUUAUUAAAUUCUUCAUUUUUCUGGCUUUUACACGUACUUUAAACGUCUCGGUGCCACAACUCAAAACUACCAAAUGUGGAAGUUUAACAGAAAUAUUCAAACAGUUUAGCGAAACAAUUUCAAGUCGACUGAGUGUUUUGUGUGAGGAGCCGAAGCUGUUAGUGGAGGCUCCUGUCAGCUCUCAUAUCGCUUCGGCUUCCUCCUCACUUCUUCACGCUGCAUAGAUUUAUCCGACAUGAUCCUUUUUUUUUUUUUUGAUACUUGCAAAUUCUGAAACUGAAAGACGGUGUUGGACACCAAGAUUACACACCGUCACUGCUGCUCAGAACAAACUGAACGGAGGAGAAUCUGAAAGACUCUUAAACAGGCUCUGAAAGCUGAAAACUGGUUUGAUCGAUGAGGUUCAACUGUUCUAUAACACAUGAGUUUUUUUCUCCGUUUCACCACCAGAACAUCCAUCCACAAGUGUUUAAACAUGAACAUGUUAGAAAGUGAUUCUUCCACAGAGUGACUCAUGUCUAUAGAUGUUCAGCUGGUAUUAAAUGUUGGUAAAAAAAUGCUCCUUC